AUGGCAAUUACUCGUGUAGCCGUGGCUGGUGCCACCGGUAACCUCGGCCCUGCCAUUAUCACUCAACUACUAGACGCCGGUUUCCAAGUCACCAUCCUCAGCCGCUCAAGCUCGCACCAAGUGGAUCCACGCGCCCAAGUCCAAGUCGUCGACUACAACUCUCUCGACUCUCUCGUAGCCGCUCUCAAAGGCUACGACGCCAUUAUCAACACCCUCAGCGUGGGCAUCGUCCCUCGCGAUAUCCACCUCCGCCUCGUCGACGCAGCCCACGCCGCUGGCAUCCAACGAUUCGUCCCCUCCGAAUUCGGCUGCGACACGGCAAACCCGUUAACAUCUAAGCUCCCAGUGUUCGGCGACAAAGUGGCCGUUAUCCAGAAAUUGCAAGAGAUCACCAAGCAGGAUAGCGAUUUCAGCUGGACGUCCGUGAUCACCGGCCCCUUCUUCGAUUGGGGUCUCCAACAUAACUUCAUUAUCAAUUUGAAAGGACCGUCAACCCCUAUCUAUGACGGCGGCGAUGUCCCCGUCAGCAGCACGACGCUGGCGAGUGUCGGACGAGCCGUGGCGGGAGUCCUGAAGCAUGCGGAGGAAACUAAGAAUCGUCAUGUCUUCAUUCAAGAUGUGGAAUUUACUCAGAACCAGCUUCUGAAGCUAUCGGGCAAUGGAGAUAACAUCCAGCGCGAGGCUGUCAGGACUGAGGAUCUGGAGAAGCAGGCUUAUGAGGCUCUUAAGCAAUCGCCGCCUGAUGGGAGGAAGUUUGCUACCAGUCUUAUUCUGCGGGCUGUUUAUGGUGCGGAUUAUGGAACUCAUUUCACCAAGACUGAUAAUGAGUUAUUGGGUAUUCAGCAGUUGUCCGAGUCUGAGAUUGCAGAGUUGUUGAAGAAGUAUGCUUAG